CCCAUCCUGCUCAAUGAGGUCAUAAAUUAAUGUAGAACUCAGAGGAGGGUAGGGUGACUGACAGGGUGUUUCCUGUUUUUAUAUUUGACGCCAUUUUGUUGCUUAAAUCAUCAACACAGAGUGAAUUUGCUAGCAGCGGUGAGAGUGUUUGCAAAGAAAAGUUUGUUCUGAUGUAGUUUGAAGCUGGUUCUGGCAGCGAGGGGAGCUCCCACUGGCUUUCCAGUUCCUGUUUCUCUUUGUUCCCCCCUCUCUCUCUCUCUCUACAGUCCCCUGCACUGGAGGGGGUGGUCUCCAGGUGAUGAGCUCCGUACCUGUUGCCUGCCCCGCCAGCCCCUCUCCUUGUUCGGGAUCAGGGCUGAACAGCCCCUGUCCUUCAAACUGCGGGGGCACCUCGUUCACAAUCCAGUUAGGGCUCACCAGGGAAUCUGUGCUGCUCCCAAUCAGUACGGACAACAGUUUGGCGAGAGUCAAAGAACUGGCUUGCUCCAUCGUGGACCAGAAGUUCCCAGAAUGUGGCUUCUACGGGCUCUACGACAACAUCCUCCUGUUCAGACACAACGUGAACUGCGACAACAUCCUCGAGCUGAUGAAAUCGGAGAGCGAUAUCCAGGAAGGUGACCUCAUCGAGGUCGUCUUGUCAGGUGCCGCCACCUUUGAGGAUUUUCAGAUUCGGCCGCACGCCUUGAACGUACACUCCUACCGUGCCCCAGCGUUCUGCGACCACUGCGGCGAGAUGCUCUUCGGCCUGGUGAGACAGGGCCUAAAGUGCGAUGGGUGUGGAUUGAACUAUCACAAGAGGUGUGCCUUCAGUAUUCCUAACAACUGCAGUGGAGCCCGGAAGAGAAGACUAUCCAACACCUCGCUCUCCGGGUCCAUAACAUCCCGGCUGUCCACUACAGAGACUCUGCUGAUGUCCCCCAUUGACGGACACUCGAAGAACCUGGCGGAAAUGCUGUCGCUGAAGGAGAAACGUCAGAACCUGUGCACCCACGUGGGGCGACCGAUUGAGCUGGACAAGAUCUUCCUGACCAAGGUCAAGGUGCCUCACACGUUUGCUGUGCACUCGUACACCAGACCCACGGUCUGCCAGUACUGCAAGAAGCUACUCAAAGGCCUCUUCCGGCAGGGACUACAGUGCAAAGACUGCAAGUUCAACUGCCACAGGAGAUGUGUGGAGAGAGUACCCAAUGAUUGCUUGGGAGAAUCCAGCAUUAAUGGAGACCUCCUCAGCCCAGGGGCCGACAUGGACGUCAAUAUGGAGGACGUGAGCGAGUACCCAGACGGAGACAAGUCCGUCACGGCCGACGACUCUGACGAGGCGACCACCAGCUCCGGCAGCACAGAAAACGGUUUCCAGGGAGAGGACGGCCCCAGUAGGAUGCUGAGUGACCCCAUGGCCUCCAACAUUCCUCUGAUGAGGGUGGUGCAGUCCGUGAAACAGACCAAGCGGAAGUCUAGCAUGACGGUGAAGGAGGGCUGGCUGGUUCACUACAGUAACAGGGAUGCUCUGAGGAAGAGGCACUUUUGGAGGCUGGACUGGAAAUGCAUCACGCUCUUCCACAACGACACGGGCAACAAGUAUUAUAAGGAGAUCCCACUCUCCGAGGUGCUCUCCGUGGAAUCCACAGACAGCGUCGGCUCCGUUGCCCACGGAGGGAACCCACCCUGCUUCGAGAUCCGGACCAGCAGUGUCAUCUACUUCGUCGGCGAGAGAGCCUCUCCCUUCCCACAGCCAAACUCCGGGAGCCAGAGCGGCCCGGCAGCAGCUCUCGAGGAGGCCAAGGCCUGGGAGAAUGCCAUUCGGCAGGCCUUGAAGCCGGUCAUCUUCCAGGAUACGGCCAAUGCCCCGGGACACGCACCACGCAGACAAGCUUCUGUCACAUUCUCCAUGGCCAACAGCCAGAUCCAGGAGAACGUGGACAUUGCCACCGUCUACCAGAUCUUUGCAGAUGAUGUUCUUGGAUCUGGACAGUUUGGUAUAGUUUAUGGAGGCAAGCACCGAGAGUCCAGCCGGGAUGUGGCCAUCAAGGUGAUCGACAAGCUGCGAUUCCCGACGAAACAGGAGAGCCAGCUCCGCAACGAGGUGGCCAUCCUCCAGGGCCUGUGUCACUCUGGAGUGGUCAACCUGGAAUGCAUGUUCGAGACGCCCGAGAAGGUCUUUGUCGUCAUGGAGAAGCUGCACGGAGACAUGCUGGAGAUGAUCCUGUCCAGUGAGAAGGGGCGACUGCCAGAGAGGAUCACCAAGUUCAUGAUCACACAGAUCUUGGUUGCUCUCCGCCACCUGCACUUCAAGAACAUCGUUCACUGCGACCUCAAGCCGGAGAAUGUGCUUCUGGCAUCAGCCGAUCCCUUUCCCCAGGUGAAGCUCUGCGACUUUGGCUUUGCGCGCAUCAUCGGGGAGAAGUCGUUCCGUCGGUCGGUGGUGGGGACGCCGGCCUACCUCGCGCCCGAGGUGCUGCUGAACAAAGGCUACAACCGCUCGCUGGACAUGUGGUCAGUCGGGGUGAUCAUGUACGUCAGCCUCAGCGGCACGUUCCCCUUCAACGAGGACGAAGACAUCAAUGACCAGAUCCAGAACGCUGCCUUCAUGUAUCCCCCCAACCCCUGGAGGGAGAUCUCACAUGAAGGCAUCGACCUGAUCAACAAUAUGCUGCAAGUGAAGAUGAGGAAGCGAUACAGUGUGGACAAGUCCUUAAGCCACCCUUUCCUGCAGGACCACCAAACCUGGCUGGAUCUGCGAGAGCUGGAGUGCAAAAUGGGGGAGAGGUACCUGACCCACGAGAGCGACGACUUGCGCUGGGAGACGUUCGCCCUCAGCCGCUCGCUGCAGUACCAGCCCCACAAGGCCAGCCGCCUGCCGCCCGCCGCCAGCUGGAGGGAAGAGGACGGACAGGGGCUCAGUGAGAGAGUCAGCAUCCUGUAGGACUGUAAUGACCGCUUGGCCACCUGCGAAAUGUCCCCUCAUCCCGCCCCCUCCACCCUCCGCUCCGCACCUGAGAAAUCGGCCGCAGAUCGGAGACGGCAUCGAGGCUCGACGAUCAAAAUACCUCCCUCCUGACGAGGCAGCUCUUGGACCUAGACAAAGUCCUUGCCGUAACUUUGAGCGAAUCUGUCUGUUCCCAAGUAGGCGAGAUUGUAUCAUGGUGGAUGUAUGGACACAAACACAAGAUUCCUGAAGCAGGCCUGUGGAAAUCUGACCUUCUCUUGCCUCCCAUCUUAUGCGGACAAGACCUCUCCCGGGAGAUCUGUUACAGAACGAUGCCUUCUCAGAGAGUGGCCAUAAGCUAUUUGGUUUUUGUUGUAUUUUUACGUAAAUUAUGGUUAGUACAAGCAAGAACCCCUCCUUCCUUGUUCCCCGCACCGUAACUCCUCGCCAACACGAGCCUCGAUCCAAACAGUGCUCCUCGGGGGGAUACUCUGCACCGCCACCGAGUUUCAGCCCAAUGCCUGCUCAUAGCUCACUCCCUCAGCGGGGUUCGGAGGGCCGCAGCGGUUGUGAGGGGCGGGAGGGAGAACUUGUACGAUGUUACUUCCUCUCUUGUACCCCGCGUUCUUCUCCCCUCCUUUCCCGUUCUAUCGGAAAGCUCGGUUGACGGUGAAGUUGGGAUGCAGCCCCCAUCUUGACCCAAACUCGCGCCGGCCUUUGAUGUGGCGUGGAGCCUUACCGUGCUCGAGGGAAGGAAGGGUACUUUUCUGGGCGGCGUGUAGAGGAAAGGCAGAGUUCCCUGGUCACGUACAACCUCCCAAGAACUGAUUGGAAUGGGAUUGAGAGGUCGUGAGGGAGGGAAGUUCUUAGUAAACGGUAGAUCCUACAGUACAAGACACAUGUAGACCCCAGCUGCCUUAGGAACUCCACAACCACAAAGGAAGUGCUUUCGCACUGUAUAUCUGCCAUGUUUCCUGAUAGAUUUCUAUAUUUAUAUCACAUUGUACAAACCUGAGACAUGAAAGCAAACUGAGAUUUUCGUUGCUGCCAGUAGGAUUUGGUGGUUAAUGGCCUGUGAUGGGAAGUGGGACCCCACCCUGGGGGAAAUUUCUUCAUGUUUUUUUUUUAAUUUAUUUGUGACGGGGAUGGCUGGUACCUGGGCUGCACGACCGUUGUGCAGACACUGUGUAUGCGCUAGAGGAGACGGUUAGAGGCAGGUACAAUGGCGUUUUGGAUGUACGUGGACAGAGGAGGCCUGGAGAGAGAUUACAGUGCAGUACAGGCCCUUCGGCCCACAGUGAUGUGCUGUAAUCUCUGAGGUCAAUCUAACCCUUCCCUCCGGCAUAGCCCUCCAUUUUGACAUUAUCCAUGUGCCAAUCUAAGAGUCUCUUUUCAAGUGGUUCGAUUUACUAUCGGAGAAUGUAUACAACCUGAAAUUGUUACUCUUCACAGACAACCAAGCAACAAGACACCCUAGAGAAUGAAUGACAGUAACGUCAGUAACCACCCCCCCCCCAGGCACAAGCAGGAACAGAAACAGGACCCUCCUCUUCCCCCUCCCACCACUCACCAGCAGAAGCACUUUCAAACCCCCUCCCACCAUGCAAGCCAUAGCAAAGGUCCCCAAAUGCCCCUAAUGUAUCUGCCUGUACCAUCACCGCUGCCAGUGCGUUGCACUCACCCAGCUCUUUCUGUUCAGUGAAAAACCACCUCUGACAUCCAAGGUCCAAGAUUCUCGAGCAAUGGGAUGAAUGCGGGCAAGUGGUAUUAUAACUGAGGUGUCCUCUCUUCUCCGCCCUCCCAUCAGGCAGAAGGUACAAGGGCUUGAAACCAUGCUCUGGCAAGUCACUGUCCUUCAGGAGCUGACCCAGAACGAUUCCCCAAUGCCUACCACCGGCUCGGGGGGGCACGUCGUGACCGCCAGUCGGUCCCCACACGUCGCCAGGAACACGUGAAGAGAGGCUGCAGUGAGCCUCAUCUUUUGCUCUCCAGGCCAACCGAUGGGGACUCUAAUGGUUCCCCAGCACGGCGGCGCAGCGGGUAGAGACGCUGCCUCUUCGCACCAGAGACCCGGGUCCGAUUCUGACCUCCGGCGAUGUCUGUGCGGAGUUUGCACGUAAGCCCUGCGGUCCUCCCGCGUCCCAGAGGCCUGGGGGUGGGUGGGUCAGCUGGGCACUGUAAGUCACUCCUGGAGUGGGCGUUGAAAACUCUGGGGGUGGGGGUAGAUGAGAAGGUGGGAAGUAUAGGAGGAGAUUACUACGAAUGGGCAGGUGAUACUUGUUGGGCCGAAGAGCCUGUUUCGUUGUUGUAUCUCUCCUUACAGUCCAGCGACCCGGGUUCAAUUCCCGCCGCUGCCUGUAAGGAGUUUGGACAUUCUCCCCAUGACCGCAUGGGUUUCCUCCGGGUGCUCUGGUUUCCUCCCACAGUCCAAAGACGUACCGGUUGGUAGGUUGUAAGUUGUCCCAUGAUUAGGCUAGGGUUAAAUCAGGAAAAGCUGGGCGGCGCAGCUCAAAGAGCGUGAAGGGUCAAUUCCACCAAUAAAUUAAUCAAUUAAUUAAAAACCCACAAGAAUAUUAGGGAAGACCUACUUGGUCAGAGAACCCAUCUUUUACAUUGGACAUUAAACCAAGCCUCUUUCUGUCCUGAGGUGGGGCCCUGACCUCCCCUCAGCUGCGGCCUGGCCCACCUAGCUUAAGUUUACUCUGAAUCCCAGAACCCAGAACAGUCCAGCAGAGUACAGGCCCUUCGGCCCACAAUGUGAUGCCCACAUUUCAAUCUACUCUGAAAUCAAUCCAACCCUCCCCUCCCACAUUGCUGCCAAUUUAAAUGCCCCCGCCCCCAGUGUAUCUGUAUCUGCGUCGGCCGCCGCCCCUGGCAGGGCGUUCUACACGCCGGCCACUCUCUGUGUAAAGGACCUGCAUUCUCUGAGGUGGGCAGAUAAGGUCCCAGCGUAAACACUGUGAAGAAAGGGCAAUAGGAUCAUCCCCACCACUCUGAAACCUCAACCAGCAGCUCGUCAUUUCAUUAGUUGCUCGCGGGAGAUUGGCUGCUGCGUUCCCAACGCAAGUGACUACUCUGUAACGUUUGCUUUUGUGUCGGUGAUGGGCAGCAAGCCAGGUGAGCAAACGCAAAUUUUGCUAACUGCUAUCAAACAUGGGUCUUUUUGUUUUAAUCGGGAGAUACCCAACACACCGCACCACCCAGCAACCCACCAAUUUUACGGAGCAGACUCGAUGGGCCGAAUGGCCUACUUCAGCUCCUAUAUCUUAUGGUCUAAUUUUACCCUAGCCGAAUCACAGGACAAUUUACAAUGACCAAUCAGCCUACUGACCAGCAGGUCUUUGGAAUGUGGGAGGAAACCAGAGCACCCGGAGGAAACCUACUUGGCCGCAGCGAGAAUGCACAAGCAGCGGGAAUCGAACCCUGGAUCUGUCAUCGCUGGUGCCAUAAAGUGGUUGUGCUAACCACUAUGCUACCGUGGCACCCCUGAUGGGUCAACAGAGUUUCCCAGUGCAGGCUCUCCCCAGCUUCUGAUGCUCACCUGUACUUCCAAACAAUCUCCCACAAUAUUAUUAAAGUUAGUGGUCCGCAGACACUCAGUAGCCCCUUUAUGAGGACCUCCUGUACCUAAUAAAGUGGCCACUGAGUGUAUGUUCAUGGUCUUCUGCUGCUCUGGCCCGUCGACUUCAAGGAAAAUGAAUCGUGCAUUCAGAGACGCUCUUCUGCACACCACUGUUGUAACGUGUGGUUAUCUGAGUUACUGUCACGUUCCUGUCAGCUUGAACCAGUCUGGCCAUUCUCCUCUGACCUCUCUGGGUGUUUUCACCCACAGAACUGCUGCUCACUGGAUGUUUCUUAUUUUUCCACACCAUUGUUCUCUGCAAACUCUAAAGCAGGAGUUCCCAGCCGGGGUCCACGGACCCCUCAUUUAAUGGUAGGGGUCCGCCGCAUAAAAAUAGGUUGGGAACCCCUGUUCCAGAGACUGUUGUGCGUGAAAAUCCCAGGAGAUGAGCAGUUUCUGAGAUACUCAAACCACCCCAUCUGGCACCAACAAUCAUUCCACGGCCAAAGCCACUUUGAUCACAUUCUGACGUUUGGCCUGAACAACAACUGAACCUCUUGACCGUGUCCGCAUGCUUUUAUGCUUUGAGUUGCUGCCACGUGAUUGGCUGAUUGGAUAUUUGCACUAACGAGCAGGGGUACCUAAUAAAGUGGCCGCUGAAUGAACAUACUAUCAGAGGAUGGAGCAAGCUUUCUUUCGCUCCCUCCACCAUUCCUACCAGCGUCAUGUGCUUUUGAUGACAUCCAUUUCAGUACUACCAUAUCGAGUGGUUUGACAGGGGCGUCUGUAAGAUUGUCAGGCACCAGGUUACCAGAGAGUGUGAGAGCACAAGGACACGCGUACACCCCACGCUCCCCUUCCUCCCCAGGCACAGCGGCGUGAGCUGCCAAGCCGGAUGGCUCCCAAGGGGCUGUGUCCGGGGAGCCAGCCUCAGUGGGCCACUUGACUGCGGAAGGCGUCGCAGUUCAUCUCGGCCGAGAUUGGUUUGGGAAAAGGAUCAUUGGAGAGCGGGGACGGGGGGGGGGGGGGAUCCCGGGUGAUUUUCCACAAUCCACUCCAAAAGGUUGUCAGGGUAAGGUUGGCAAAAACCUGCUGGCGGCUCCUUCAGUCGUAGACUCGUUACUGGCGUGUGUGUGCGUGUCUCUGUCUGUCUGUGUCUGUGAACAAAUGCGUCGAUGUGUGUAUCUGUGAGCAAGUGUGUGUGUUUGGGAGUGAAUAUUUCUAUGGGCGAAUGUGUGAGUGUGUGUGGGUGUGACUGUGUAAAUGAGUGUGUGUGUGUGUGUGAGUGUGUGUGUGUGUGUGAAGAUUUGCCCAUUCCAGCCUCUGUAUCUCAGUUUCUGUCUGCUGAGUCUCCGGAUAUCGUUCAGCUUUGUUUUAUUUGUAGAAAACGUACUUUGACCUGUUCAAUAAAGAUGAUU